UCCAGGCUGACUGUCACGGGUGGAAAAUGGCCGCUCGGUGUGACUCUAUUCACUGACACUGAAAACUCUGAAGUACAGAAAAACUCUACAGUCUGAACUGGAACUAGUUAAACAAACGCAACCUCAAGACGGGGGAAGUUUUUUAAUUGAUAAUGUCUCGCUGGGUGCCUACGAAAAAGGAAAAGUAUGGAGUCGCAAUCUAUAACUAUGAUGUCCGCGGAGAUGAGGAGCUGUCACUACAGAUUGGAGACACGGUCCACAUACUAGAGACAUAUGAAGGCUGGUACCGAGGUCACAGACUGAGGAGGAAGUCCAAGAAAUUCCAGGGGAUCUUUCCUGCCUGUUACAUACACCUCAAGGAGGCCACCGUUGAAGGCAAUGGGCACAAGGAGACCGUGAUUCCCAACGAGCUGCCUCUGGUCCAGGAGGUCACUACCACCCUGCGGGAGUGGGCUUCCAUAUGGAGAGACCUCUACGUGGUGAGUAGAGGGGACCGGCGGGAGAUGUUUAACUGUGUCAGGGACAUGAUCUAUGACCUGAUUGAGUGGCGAUCUCAGAUCCUGUCAGGGACGCUCCCACAAGACGAGCUGGCUGAGCUUAAACAGAGAAUCACCUCUAAGAUCGACUACGGGAAUAAGUACCUGGAUCUAGACCUUGUGGUGAGAGAUAGAGAUGGCAACAUCUUGGACCCAGACUCUACCAGCACCGUCUCUCUCUUCAGAGCACAUGAAGCUGCCUCUAAACAGAUAGAGGACAGGAUCCAAGAGGAGAAGUCUCAGAAACAGAACGUAGAUCUGAGCAGGCAGGCCAAGUUCGCCCAGACCCCGUCCUUCGCCCUCUUCGUCACCCUGAAGAACGUGGUGUGUAAGAUCGGUGAAGAUGCAGAGGUGCUCAUGUCCCUCUACGACCCCGUUGAGUCGAAGUUUAUUAGUGAGAAUUACCUGGUGCGAUGGUCCAGUCAAGGCCUGGUCAAAGAUAUAGAUCAACUCCAUAACCUGAGAUCAGUCUUCACCGACCUUGGGAGUGAAGAUUUAAAGAGAGAGAAGAUCAGCUUUGUGUGUCAGAUCGUUAGAGUUGGACGUAUGGAGCUACGUGACAACAACACAAAGAAGCUGACCUCUGGGCUGAGGAGACCCUUUGGAGUAGCAGUCAUGGAUGUGACUGACAUCAUAACAGGCAAGAUGGAUGAUGAGGACAAGCAGCAUUUCAUCCCCUUCCAGCCGGUGGCGGGGGAGAGCGACUUUCUCCAGACCGUCAUCAACAAGGUCAUCGCCGCCAAGGAGGUCAACCACAAGGGACAAGGUCUGUGGGUGACUCUAAAGCUGCUUCCAGGUGAUAUCCAUCAGAUCAGGAAGGACUUCCCUCACCUGGUUGACCGUUCUACAGCCGUAGCCCGCAAGAUGGGCUUCCCAGAGAUCAUCAUGCCAGGUGAUGUGCGUAACGAUAUCUACGUAACCCUGGUCCAGGGAGAGUUUGAUAAAGGCAGCAAGUCCACCCCCAAGAAUGUAGAGGUCACCAUGACAGUCUACGACGAGGACGGAAAGAAACUGGAGAAUGUGAUGUACCCUGGUGCUGGAGACGAGGACAUCUUGGAGUACCAGUCUGUCAUCUACUACCAGGUCAAACAGCCACGCUGGUUUGAAACCAUCAAGGUUGCCAUCCCAAUUGAAGACGUGAACCGAAGCCACCUGCGAUUCACCUUCCGUCACCGAUCAUCGCAAGAAUCCAAAGACAAAUCAGAGAAGAUAUUCGCCCUGUCGUUUGUGAAGCUGAUGAGGUACGAUGGGACAACACUGAGGGACGGAGAGCACGAUCUCAUUGUGUACAAGGCGGAGGCUAAGAAGCUGGAGGACUCGUCUCUGUACCUGAACCUGCCUGCUACCAAGGUGGAGCUGGAGGAGAAGGGUUUGUCCACUACAGGGAAGGGCACACACAACCUGGGAAACUGCACCAUCAGCAAGGACUCCUUCCAGAUAGCAACCCUGGUCUGCUCCACCAAGCUCACGCAGAACGUGGAUCUUCUGGGCCUGCUGAAGUGGCGCUCCAACACCAGCCUGCUGCAGCAGAACCUCCAACAGCUGAUGAAGGUCGACGGAGGAGAGGUCGUCAAGUUUCUUCAAGACACCCUUGAUGCCCUGUUUAACAUUAUGAUGGAGAACUCCGACAGUGACACGUUUGAUACCCUGGUGUUUGACGCCUUGGUAUUCAUAAUUGGACUCAUUGCAGACAGAAAGUUUCAGCACUUUAACCCUGUCCUUGAAACCUACAUACGGAAGCAUUUCAGCGCUACACUGGCAUACACGAAGCUGACCAAGGUUCUGAAGAACUAUGUGGAGAAUGCAGAGAAGCUGACGGAACAGCUGCUGAAAGCCAUGAAAGCUCUGGAGUACAUCUUCAAGUUCAUAGUGCGCUCCAGGGUCCUCUUCAACCAAUUGUAUGAGAACAAAGGAGAAGCAGACUUCAUGGAGUCCUUGAGGAAUCUCUUCACUUCCUUCAAUGACAUGAUGAACAUCAACUCUGAGAACACAGCCAUGGUGAAGCUCCUCCUCAAGGGUGCAGCACUGAAGUACGUCCCCACCAUCGUGAACGACGUCAAACUGGUCUUCGAUCCUAAGGAGCUCAGUAAACUGUUCACAGAGUUCAUUCUGAAGGUUCCUCUGGGUCGUCUGGUCAAACAGAAGCUACACUGCCUCAUCGACAUCGUACACAGUGAUCUCUUCACACAACAUGACUGCCGUGAGAUCCUGCUUCCUCUGAUGACAGAGCAGCUGAAGUUCCAUCUAGAGAAACAGGAGGAGCUGGAGGCCUGCUGUCAACUACUGAGUAACAUACUGGAGGUGCUUUACAGGAGGGAUGUGGGUCCUACCCAGUGGCAUGUCCAGAUCAUCAUGGAGAAGCUCCUGAGAACAGUCAACAGAACAGUGAUCUCCAUGGGCCGAGACUCUCCUCUCAUUGUAAGUGACUCUUCUUCAAACCUCCAACUAACCUCCCGAACUUCUAAAACUCUAUUCCUACUUGUUCCCGUCUCUCCUGUGUCUGGGAAUCUGCCAACCAGGAUUUCAGAAAAAAACCUGGCAACUUCCGACAAUGUUUAGAGAAUUGUGCAACCCAAAUCCUCCCUCAGCGUACCCCUACCUUCCUCUGCAACAUCAACUUCAAUCCACAGCAUCAUAGAGCGAUCAAAACCUCCUUCUGUGUCAGUCAUCAGUAGACUCACAGGGCUUCAUGUAGUUUCACUCCAAAGGUUACCUUCAUCUCCCUCGCUGCUUUCAUCUGCUUUAUUAGCCAGGCCAUGUCGUAUUUCAGUGUGUGUGUUCCGUGUGUGUGUGUUCCGU